UCAAUCGAACCACCAAAUAAAAGAGAGUUGAUGGUGAUAGUUUAGUCCUUUUCAUAUUUACUCCUUUUUUGCCAUCCUUGUCGUUUCCCUUCACAAUUCACAUCUUUCUUAUUUUCCCUCCUCAAUCACAAAUUUUCCAUCACUUUCCAGGAAAAAUGGGUGAUAGUUUUUCCGAUUUCUUCGACGACCCAGAACUCGCCGAAGAUGAUUUGUUGAGCAUCUUUGAGAGUUUGGAGAGUUUUGAACAAUUUCCUCCAGUGACACCCUCUGAAGAAAUCAAUCAAGUGGUGGGGAGAUUGGAGUCGGAGACAGAGCUCGAGGGUGGCAGUAUUUCCCCGAAGAGCAAGAGACAGAAAGUUGCAGGUAAUUUGGAUAAAGAAGGAAAUUACCAAGAUGGAGAACAAAGGAUGUCUCAUAUAACUGUGGAGCGUAACCGAAGAAAGCAAAUGAGCGAGAACUUGUCGGUUUUAAGGUCACUCAUGCCUUGUUUUUAUGUGAAAAGAGGAGAUCAAGCAUCGAUAAUUGGAGGAGUUGUUGACUACAUCAAUGAGUUGCAACAAAUUCUACAGUCACUUGAGGCCAAGAAGCAAAGAAAGGUUUACAAUGAAGUUCUAAGCCCUAGAAUUGUUUCAAGUCCAAGAGUUCCCUCAGUACCACUUAGCCCUAGAAAACCACCAUUAAGUCCAAGACUUAACCUCCCAAUGAGCCCAAGAACCCCAACACCCACCAGCCCAUACAGGCCUAGGUUGCAACCCCCAGCUGCAGCAGCAGGUUAUAACCUCUCACCAACAACAAUUUCUGGUCCUAACUCUUUUUUAGGGCUUGAACCAUCUCCAACUUCUUCUUCUUCAUCUUCCUCCAUUGAAAAUGAACUUGUUGCAAAUUCCAAGUCUGCCAUUGCUGAUGUGGACGUGAAGUUCUCUGGACCUAACCUUGUGUUGAAGACAGUCUCUCAUAGGAUUCCUGGUCAAGCUGUGAAGAUAAUCUCAGCCCUUGAAGAUCUCUCACUUGAAAUCUUGGAUAUCAACAUUAACACUGUUGAUGAAACCCUGCUCAACUCUUUCACUAUCAAGAUUGGAAUUGAAUGCCAGCUCAGUGCAGAAGAGCUUGCACAACAAAUCCAGCAGACAUUCUGCUAAUUUUGUUUCAAAGUUCCAAGUGAUGAUCCCAAUCUAACAACUGAAUCUGCCGACAUCUCACCAUUUCUUUAAUUUCUAGUCACUUAAUUGUACCAAUAAAAUAGGAUGCACGAGUACUUGAGAUUCAGUCCUCCUAGCUAGCAUUCCUAUAUCAAACUAAUGUUUUAAUUUUAGAUCGGAUGAUCUGGGAUAGUGAAUUGCACAGAGUGUACAAUUUUCAUCUAAUGGUUUGGGAGGUGCGUCAUAUCACACCAUACGUAGUUUCCACCGUUGGGUAAGAAUGGUAAAUUAACUUUGUGUAAUUGCGAGUUCCUGCAUUGUUUUAGAUCAGUUCAUCAUGAC